GUUUUCCCCCGCCAUCACCCUUUACUCAUCGCACAAUGCCCAAGGAAUUCAGAAAGAGAGGCAAGCGAACUAAGAAGAAUGCGACGCAUGAUGCUGCAGAGCCGAAGCCGAUGCAACAAGAGCCUGAGCCCGUCUUAGAGCAGCCGCCUCAUCUGCAGGAAGGACCGUCCUGGAUUGUCCAGGCGCCUCAGCAGGAGGCCGAGAUGAACCCGAGCGCGCCAUUUGGGGAACUUGACCCGGAUGUGAAGGCGUACUUCCGCAACGUCGACACUCAGCUGCGUGACUGGCAGGAUAAUGAGGGGGCAGGGGCGGCCAGUGAGCCCAACGAAGAGCGCCGGAUGUUCGUGGAAGCUGCGCUGCGCGAGAUGUCAGAGAAGGAGCUGCAGCUGGCGACGGACCCAGAGAGCUCGGUAGUCCUUGAGCGACUGCUCUACUCGAUGGACGACUUCGCAAGGAGGGUCUUCAUGGAUAGCAUGUCUGGCUCCUACGAGGCACUCUUCAAGAAUCGUUUUGCUUCGCAUGUGUGCCAGACGCUCUUCGAGGUGGCUGUUGACUCCGUGGCACGCGAGGCGCGAGGUGACCUUCCCGCUGUCAAGACAUCUUCGGACGAGGGAGAACUGCGUACCGUCACCCAACUCACGAUCGACAUCGCUGAGGAAGUACUCCCCAACCUCCACGAGCUCAUCCUGAACCCCUUCGCAUCCCAUGUCAUUCGCGCCCUCUUCAACCUCCUCUGCCCCUUGCAAUCCACCGUACGCGACAUGCGCUCGAAAAAGAGCGCGCAAUGGAAGGCGAAGCAGGGCCAGAUGAAGUCGGUGUAUGCGGAUGAAAAGGGGAAGGCGAAGGAGGAAGUGCGACUGGGUCGCCCGGAGGACUUUGCGGAGUGCGCAAGGAGAUGUAUUCUGCACCUUCGGGAGACGAUGGACGGGAAUGAAGUGCGCGCCCUAGUCUCAAAUAAGAUAGCGAGUCCGUGCUUGCAGGCGAUCUUGGAGGUCGAGGCGAACCUCGGGAUGACUGAGGAGGUUGAUUCCCUGAUGGACCGCAUAACAGUCGGCCUCGUCAGCGCGACCACCCAAAACCCCAACAGCCGUCCCGCCGCCUCCGACUACCUUGGCCUCCUUAUCCGGGACCAAACCGCCUCCCAUCUCCUCGAGAUCCUCGUAUCAAGGUGUCCUCAACCGACAUUCGAUGCGCUAUGGGAUCUGUACGUCAACAGGCAGUUUGCGAAGUUGGCGUGCCAUCCGGCGGCGCAGUUUGUUGUGGCGAAGGCGGUGGAGAGGUGUAGCGCCGCGCAAUUGGAGAAUGCGUUGAAGGAGCUGAAGGGUAAUUUCAGGCGAUUAAUAGAGAUGUCGCACGUCAACGUACUGCGCGCCUUGGUGGAGAGGGCUGCUAUGUUGCGUGCUGGCGAAGCAUCGUGUGUCGAGGGUAUAUACGAAGGCUUCGCCAUAUCAGAAUCCGAGGAGGAUAGGACGCUGCUCGUUCCUUGUUUGCUGAUGUUAGAGACGCCGCAGGGCGUGCGCAAUCCCGUCGAGAGACCACCGACGAACUACAACCCAAGAAGAAAAGGCGGGAAUGAGAAGGAUGCCGACCCCAUCAAGAUUCAAGGCGCGCUUUUGCUGCAGUCACUGUUGCGGUUGUCGGACCCCCACAAUCGUGUUAUCGUCGACAGCCUGAAGGCAUUGCCGCUGGAAGAGCGCCUCAAAAUCGCCCACCAUCCGACAAGCUCCCGGGUGAUCGACGCCGUGUUCGAGUCGCCGGCAGUCAGCGCGAAGGUCAAGCGCGAGUACACCUUGACAUGGUUGGAGGACCUGCCUGCGCUGGUAGACGACCGUAUCGGUAGUCGCGUCGCAGAACGUCUCUUUGCGUCAGCGGAUACGUAUCUGAAGGAGAAGAUCGCGCGUGCCGUGCUUCCGCACGAGAGCGCGCUCGCCGGCUCGUUCUACGGGAAGUUCUUCGUGCGCAAGCUCAACUUGAUGCUGCUCAAGCGCAAGCCGGAUGAGUGGCGAAACGCUCAGUUGUCGCACAAGCCCCAAGCGCUUACACCUUCCAUCCCUGCACCACCGCCCGCGAAAGCUCAGGCACCCGCUGCAUCAACCGAGGCGAAGGAGACCGUCAAGAAGUCGAAGAAAAGGCAACGGCCGGAGAACGAGAUCGACGAGCUGUUCAGCACUUCGUUGGGCAAGCGGACGAAGACCGCGCGGAUCGAGACCGCAGAUGUUGAAAUGGAGACCGCACCGAAAGCUGCCACGCUGACGGUCGACAAAACCCUCUCGGCGGUCUUGGGUGCUAUUCAGCAAGCACCAAAGGGCGAUGGCGGGCGCAAGAAGAAGAAGAAGGGAGCGAGGUCAUGAGCGCGGUGGGACUUGGUUGUGUCCGUACUUUGCGGGUGAUGUAUGUCUGGGUGCUACGUCCUGUUUGUAUCCUGUUGAAUGCAGCGAUGGUCUGCACUGUCACCGCAAUGUUCACGAGUGGAUUACUGGUGAACUGCUUUUUUGAGGGCAA